AUGGGCACUAGAAAGCAACAAACCCUCCCAGAGCAAGUCUGCUCCGCUAUUUCAUAUACCUCCACCAAAAUGAGCACUCCAUCAUCCAUCCACUCCGUCCGCGUCAAGGAUGGCAUUUCCUCGAGCAACACCUCUGUCACCUCGCAACGCUCACGUGUUAUUACUCGCAUUGCGGACCGUCUACAUCAAGUCAAAAAGCGUUGGGGUCCCCUCAUGGCGGCCAAGCAGCACUGGGAAGACGAGUAUAAUUUCCCACCUGGUCGUGCUGUGGUGGGUGAAGAUAAGCAUUUGAGGAUCGGAGAUAUCCGGCGAAAUUACCCAGAUCCGGACUCACAGGGUCUCUAUAAGGACCCCUGGUAG